AUGUUGUCGAGUAUGGUAAAAGAGCACCAGACCAGACAGCAGAAUCGGAAAGAAGAACAGGAAAGGCGAAGAAAGGAGGCUGUGCAGGCUAGCAGUAAUCUAACCCAGGCUCUGGUUGAUCAUCUCAAUGUUGGUGUUGCACAGGCUUACUUAAACCAAAAGAGGCUGGACAGCGAGGCGAGCCAACUUGAGCAGAAUGCGACUAACUUCCAGCGUCAAACGUCUCAAUGGUUGGGUCUCAUCUCCUCUUUUACGGAUUCCAUGAAAGAAGUGGGGCAUGUCCAGAAUUGGGCGACCACCAUUGAAUCGGACAUGAGGACAAUUUCCACAGCUUUGGAAUAUGCUUACAAAGUUGAACAGCAAGCAAGCACUGGAGGAGGAUCAGCUACAUAGUUUAUAUUAUGUUGUCAGAUUAAAUAUUAUUUUUCAAUGUUUAUAUUAUUACAUAAGCAAAUGUGUAGGCCAAACCCUAUAAUAAUAUACUAAAUGUUUGCAUAUGUACAUCUGUGAUAUUGAAGAAAUUAUACAUCAACUUAGGAUGUGUUAAAUUAGUCUUGACCAAUAGUUUAUGAAAGCAGCUUAAAAAGAACGAUUUUUGAAUUCCAGGGAACCAUUAAUUACAUUGUUAUAAAACUAUUUAUGAAUCAUGGUCACACUUCAGAGGAAGAUAUUAG